GAGAGAGAGGGAGAAGGGUGGAGUGCUGCUCAUUUGAAGAUCUGGAAGUGCAGAGAGAAGAGGGAAGACGUUUCUGUGUUUUGGGAAACAAGGAGAGGAAGAGAGUGAGAUAGAGCAAGAGAGAGAGUGUGGGGAGGGAGGGCUCAGAUUAGUGAGCCGCUACAAUUCUUUUCUUUUAGGGGGCGGUUGUUUUUCUCCCUCUACUUCGCACUGCAGGGUCUCCUAAUUUGGGGUUUGUUUAAAGGAGUACAACGUCAGACCAAGACUUUGCCUUGCUGGGGAAAGGGAUCCCUUCUCCCUAUCUCUCUCUCCUACGCAAACCAACACACUCAUAUACACACAUACCCCCAAACACAUUGAAAUACGCACACACGAACACACCCACUAACUUGCUUCCCAAAAUGUCUGAUUCCUCUGUCAACGCUCAUUUGGAAGGAAUCAUAUCCGACUUCGAAGCGCUAAAGCGGUCGUUUGAGGUGGAGGAGGCAGACUCAUCCACUCACCCUUCGCCCCUGACCCGCCGCACCACCAACCCCCUCCGCUCGUCCAACUCCUCCACGUCCAGCCAGCGGAGCUACGACCUCGGCUCCCGCAACUCAGACUACUCUUCUUCCAGAACUUCCCCUUCCGAGCCCUCCAAUUCCCGCUCCCCAAAGACGGGCAUUAGGCGCAUCGACUUAUCGGGAGGCCGGAACCCCGAUGCGGCCCCCAGCCGACGCACGGAGAUCUCCAUCGAGGUCUCCUCCAAGCAGAUCGACAGCUCCCCCAGUGCCGGAAUCGCCCGCUUCGGCCUCAAGCGCCCUGAGGUAGGCCUGAACAGUCGGAGUAACCACCCAGAGAGCGGCUCCUCCGGGCCCCUCCCCAGCUCCCUCCAAAGGCGGGCAGAGAUGAGUUUGACACGCCCCCAAGAGCCCCCCGCGCCCCCAAGGAGGACGGACUCCCAGCCCGCCGCGGCGGCCUGCAGCACCCGGAUCCCCGAGCCCCCCCAGCAGAAGAGGCCGGAGCCUGCCACGCCCAGCCCCACGGAGGUGAGCUCCAGGAGGCCAGAGGCGCCCGUGUUCAGACAGCAGGAUCUGCUGCUGCUGGAGAACAACAGCAGCCAUGACAACCAGGGCGGCAGCCAUCCACCCCCAGUGCCGAGCAGCCCUCCGCCCGCCGCGGCAGAGCCCCGGGGGGAGAGGGUGCAGUGCCCCGUCUCCCCGACCCACGCCUCCAGACCUACAGAGAGGUCAGAGGCGAUCAGCUACCGCAGUACCAUGUCGGAGCUGGCAGUGGCGCCAGAGGUGAUGAUGCCCCCUGGGUCAGGGGGGAUUUACAGUGAGAAAAUAGCCGUCGGCGGAGGUCCAGUGUUGGACUUCAGCUAUGUGGGCAUCGACGCCAUCCUGGAGCAGAUGAGGAAGAAGGCAAUGAAGCAGGGCUUCGAACUCAACAUCAUGGUCGUGGGACAGAGUGGACUGGGCAAAUCCACCCUGAUGAAUACGCUCUUCAAGUCCAAAGUGAGCCGUAAGUCUGCUCUGGCCACGGCCCAGGAAAAGAUCCCAAAGACGGUGGAGAUCAAGUCCAUCAGCCACGAUGUGGAGGAGAAGGGUGUGAGGAUGAAGCUGACGGUCAUUGACACACCGGGCUUCGGAGACCAGAUCAACAACGAGAACUGUUGGCAGCCCAUCAUGAAGUUCAUCAACGACCAGUAUGAGGCCUACCUGCAGGAGGAGAUCAACAUCAACAGGAAGAAAAGGAUCCCAGACUCCAGGGUCCACUGCUGCAUAUACUUCAUCCCCCCCACCGGCCACUGCCUGCGCCCGCUGGAUGUUGAGUUCAUGCGGCGACUGAGCAAGGUGGUGAACAUCGUCCCGGUCAUCGCUAAGGCCGACACCCUCACCCUGGAGGAGAGGGACUUCUUCAAGCAGAAGAUAAGGGAAGAGCUGCGUGCCAACGGAAUCGAUGUGUAUCCACAAAAGGAGUUUGACGAAGAUGCAGAAGACAGGAUGAUCAAUGAGAAGAUCAGGGAAAUGAUUCCAUUUGCUGUGGUGGGCAGUGACCAGGAGUACCAGGUGAAUGGCCGCAGGCUGCUGGGACGCAAGACCAAGUGGGGAACCAUUGAAGUUGAGAACAUAGCCCACUGUGAGUUCGCCUAUCUUCGAGAUCUUCUAAUAAGAACCCACAUGCAGAACAUCAAGGACAUCACCAGCAGCAUCCACUAUGAGCUGUACCGGGUGCGGCGCCUUCACGAGAACAACACUGUAGCCGCCGCUAACGGCCUCCCAGAGCACCGCCUGGUUGCCCAUGAGAUGUAGCGCAACCACGCUCCCAACCCACUCAGCAGCACUACAUCUCCAAUGAGCUCUUGUGCCAAUGUCCAUCCAAAGCCUUCAGCGUCCCCUUUUUACUGUGGGCCAUCUUUUUAAAAUGUCCUCCCUCACUCUCGCUCUCACUCUCACUGCCGAUCUCUUUUGUCAAAGCAGGUUGGGACACAGCCUGCCAGAGGGAUUGGUUUAAACUUGCUGUCUUUGUUUUAUUGGCUUACCGUACAAUACAAUUCUGGGUGUUUUUCUUCUCAGAUUACACAAUAACACAGCACUACUUUCAUAGCAACCCCGAAAAUGCGGAGGGAACAGAUGAUGUUGCUGAAGAUGGUGUCCCUUGUUCCCUUCUUUUCUGACCCUGUAGCAUAGUAUCCAUCAGGCAACCGCAUAGUGCCAUCUCUUACGCAGCUUGCCUACUGCAUCCGUCCGUCAACGGACGACGGAAGGCGUGUCUGACGGAUGGGGGACUGGUACUUGCCGACAGAGCCGCGAUCUGAUUGGCUGACGGAUCCGUUGCAGCCUGUAAGGUUAAAAUUUUCUCAACUUCUGAACGCAAGAGACGGAGCCGACGGAACGGACGGACCCACAAUGCAUUUCGGGAUCGCCCCAUGCAAAGUCAAUGAGAUCCGUCAACGGACGGAUGCAGUGGGCAAGGGGGGUUACAGAUGCCUUGGAUUCAUACAUCAGUUAGUGUCAUGGGUUACUGAGUUUCAUGCUAAGGUUAAGCAUGAAUAGGGCUGUGAGAAGUUGGCCCCCCGUGUCCUCGUAUGAUGCUUAUGCUCAUAUGCAAGAAUGCACAUCAGGUUCCAAUUAUUUCCCCCACAAGCCUAUCCUUCCUAUUGUGUCUGUAGUGCAUCGUCUUGACAGAUGUAAAGAUCUCCUGUUGUGCCUAUGUAAUACCCAGUAUCAAAAAUCAUGAAAAAUAAUUUAGAGUGAUUAAAGAUUAUUUGUAUUUAUGCACAAUAUAAGAUGUGAAACAUAUUUUUUUUUUUGGAUCCACUUGUGCAGAAUGUACACAGGAAAACACACACACACACACACACACACACACACACACACACACACACACACACA